AUGGCGGCGAAUAUCGGACCGGAGGCGGGGGCAAGCGAUGGAGUCGUCGUGGCGGCGAGCAGUAGAGGGGAGUGGGAGGAUGAGCCGGAUUAUCAUUUCACAUGGACGCGCGAUUCCGCACUGAUCAUAUCGACCUUCCUCCCUCGCUUCUUACCUACCGCUUACCUCCGUUCUUGGGCUCCCAGCGAGGCCCUACAAGACAUACAGUCAGCCGAGGAGCAGGAGGGGGAGCCAGACUACCUGGUGGAGGGGCUAGUCAGGGCUUAUAUCGCCAGUCAAGCGGCGAUUCAGGGGGUAUCGAACCCGUCUGGCGAUCUCUGGACAGGCGGGCUGAAUGAGCCUAAGUUCCAUGUCGACGGAUCGGCGUUUACUGGGAGCUGGGGAAGACCACAGCGUGAUGGUCCUGCUCUUCGCGCACUGAGUCUCAUUCCCUACGCCAACUUCCUCUUAGAUCGCGAAUAUCACACCGACAUCGAUUAUGUCAGUCAUCACCUAUAUGAUCCCGCCAAGCUCCGAGAACUGGGGAAAGUGAUCAAGAACGACCUGGAGGAAGUUGGAGGAGGAUGGUGGAACCCCGGAUUUGAUCUGUGGGAGGAGGUAGAUGCACAUCAUCUUUUCACCCUCCUCGUCUCCCUCCGCGCCCUUCAAGCGGGCGCAAACCUCGCCUCCAGGCUCAAUGACACCGGAGCCGCCGACUUUUACCUCGCGCAGGCAGCCAAGAUCGUCCACCGCCUCCCAGACUUCUGGGACGAUUCUCGCUCUUACUACCGUGCUACUCUCUUCGAUACCCCUCCGGAAACGGAACAAAUCCGUAUAGGCUCGUUCACGCGGAAAGAACGCACAAGCCUCGACUGCGCUGUACCCCUGGCGAUCCUUCAUGCUGGCGAUGCAGCGGGCGGAGAUUGGAGCGCAGCGGACGAUAGGAUCCUGGGCACACUCAGAGCCUGGGUCCUCAGCUUUGAUGGGGUGUAUGGGAUCAAUAAAGGCAGGAAGUGGACCGAGGGGUGGGCGGUGGGGCGAUAUGCAGAGGAUGUAUAUAAUGGGAUAGGGACGAGUAAGGGGAACCCAUGGUUCAUCUGCACCUUCUCCGUCGCCGAGAUGCUGUACCGCGCCAGAUCAAUCUUCGAGCAGCAGGCAGGGAUCAACGUCACGGAUAUCUCCGCUCCCUUCUGGUCAGAUGUCCUUGGCGAGACCGUCAAGCCCGGUCCUUUGGAAUCUUCGGAGCUUUCGAUGGCCCUGGAGAAACUGGGGGUAGUCGGAGAUGCCUUCUUGCAGGCUGGAACGAGCAGAGUCACACCGGAUGGAAGGAUGAGCGAGCAGAUUGAUCGCUCGGACGGCGCCCAAGUCGGCGCACGAGACCUCACAUGGUCCUAUGCCAGCUUCAUCGCUGCUAUUCGCGCCAGAAGGACUUGA